UUUUUUUUGGGUUUCCUUCUUCCUUUCUACUAUUAUAGACUCCUUUGCUUAAUUCCUUUUUAUUGUUUUCUCCGAUUCCUUUCCUGAAAUUCUAUAUAACCUAUGCAAGCCAUUAAAUGUGUCGUUGUUGGCGAUGGUGCCGUUGGUAAAACCUGCUUACUGAUUUCAUAUACUACCAAUGCGUUUCCCGGUGAAUAUAUCCCCACAGUAUUUGACAAUUAUUCUGCCAAUGUCAUGGUCGACGGUAAACCGAUCAAUUUAGGAUUAUGGGAUACGGCAGGUCAAGAAGAUUAUGACCGUCUUCGACCACUAUCGUAUCCACAAACCGAUGUAUUUCUGAUCUGCUUCUCACUGGUCAGUCCUCCAUCUUUCGAGAACGUCAAGACCAAGUGGUAUCCCGAGAUCAGCCACCAUGCUCCCAACACACCCAUGAUUCUGGUCGGAACGAAACUUGAUUUACGCGAAGAUCCAGAAACCAUUGCCAAAUUACGUCAAAAGCACAUGGCGCCUAUUUCGUAUUCACAGAGCUUGCAAAUGGCAAAAGAUAUCGGCGCCGUCAAGUACUUAGAAUGCUCCGCUUUGACCCAAAAAGGUUUGAAGAAUGUAUUCGAUGAGGCUAUCCGUGCGGUGCUCUGUCCUGCUCCGCCGCCCAAGAGACAGAAGAAAUGUACAAUUCUGUAAAGGAAAUCACCCCAUAUAACCAGACAAAGGAGAUCAUCUAGUAGAAGCAGAGAAUAAUAACCAAAAUAGCUUUGUUUCUUCCACAUCAUGAUUAUCAUUUUACUAUUUAUUGAUUGAUUUUGCUCGUUUCACACUUUUCCGCCUUUGCCUUUUUGUUGUUUGUUGUUUUGUUCUUAUUUUAUUUUAUCAAAUCAACACAAGAUAUAGUGUCGAUUCUUUUGCAUUAAAAUGUGGCGAAACACAGAG